CUUGCCUGUGGUUUGUGAACAACAAGGAACCCUGAGCUAGCCUCUAACCAGGGCAUAAGUAGUACCCUUUCUUUUUUAAAUUACACCUGUUGGCUGUGAUAAAGUUAUAAUGGAAGACUUUAACAGGUCUGUCAAAUACAAUACUUUGUUAUAUAGAGCUAUACACUCACCAUCAUCCUCAUUCGGCAAACAGGCUGAACUGCUCAUUAAUGCAAAUAAAUAAUCAGCUAAUCACAUAACAGCAACUCAUUGCAAUUGGGCACAUAGACAUGGUCAAAGCGACCCGCGGAAAUUCAAACUAGACAUCAGAAUGAGGAAAACAGGUGGGUAAAGUGAAUUUAAAUGUGGCAUGGUUGUUGGUAGUGAUUAUUUCACAGUGCCAAUGUCACAAACCUUUAAAUCUGUAAGGAUUUAGUGAUGGUAAGAGUAUUUUGAUUUAUCACAUUAGCAAAAUUAUGAGUGUAAAGAGUGUAAAUAGUAGUAGAUCUAAUCUGGUGUUAUAUGAUUAUGCUGCAGAGUUGUUGAAAGACACACAUUCAUUGUUAAUGUUAUCGGUAACACCCGUGUUCUUCUCUGGUAUGCCAGAUGUCUGCUUUAAAGAAGGUCAAUAUUGAUCUGAAAUUUUAACCGCAAUUGUGUUUAAGUCAGUAGGUUCCCCCUGCGGCAUGAAGAAACACCCUCAUUUGGUGCUAAGAGACACAGAAAGCAUUCAUUCCAGUACUGCACAUGAUCGAAGCCCGCAGGCCCAACACGUCUCCACGUUGCAUAUUUAUAUGUGAAGUGACGUCUUUCAGCACGGCAAAGAUAUUCUCUGAGCUGCAGCAGCCUGAGGUGAACACCGGGAUACAGAGGAAAUAAAAGGAUGCUAUUGAUCUGCAGUCCACACACUCAUCUUGUGAUGCCCAUACCCACAUAGCUGUAAGGUCAUAUGUCAAACACAGACAUGCAUCAAGCUUCGCACACAGCUCUCCACACUCCAUCCUGAAACAGUUUCUUGAGUUCUGGAGAUUUUUGACACUAAACAAGCAGAAUUUGAAAAAAACAAGUGAUGAAAUAUGGCUAAAAUGAGGCUCUCCAAUUACAACAGUUCAAAGGAAAUAAACCAGCUAGCUCAGGGGGAGGUGCCAAUUUGCAGACUCCCAGUGAUGUCAGAGGGUAGAAGAAACUUUAUGGUAAUUGAGGUCCAGGCCCUUCUUAAAGAGGGUAAGGAGACUUUUGUUAAGUCUCUGGGAGUUGAGUUGGGGAUCAGGACUGCAGGGCGAGGAUCAGGGCUCAGAGAGGAGAGAAAACCAAACACACGAUGAAAACUUUGGUGCUGCUUGUUUUGGCAUUUGCUACUACAAUAUCUGCAACCAGGCAGAGAAGUCACUUCACUCGUUAUCGAUCAUGGAAUUCACGCAUGUACCCGGUGUGGAAUGAUGGAGACCCAAGAUUCAGAAACUGCUGGUUGGGUGGUAACGUAACAUUCGAUCUCAAGAAUGAUGCCCCCACCCUGACUGGAGCAAAAGCGGGCUUCACUAUUAAUCUGAAUUUCCCACCAAACCAGACGGUGCUCCCAGGCGGAGAGGUGGUCUGGGCAAAUAACUGCACCGUCGAUGGUAAACAGUAUCAGGAGGGUCAGGCUGUGUAUCCAGACCAGGACACUGAUUGGACCGGAGUUUUCCCCAACGGCACACCUUUCAUCAGGAGCCAGAACAGGAAGCCCCACUAUGUGUUUGUGUGGAAAACAUGGGGGCGUUACUGGCAGGUGGCAGAUGGACCGUCCUCUUCACUCACCAUCGGUACAGACAACAUUCCCCUGGGCUCCUACAACAUGGAAGUUGUCAUCUAUCACUGCCGUGGCAGAAACAGGUUUAUCCCCCUCGGAUAUGCCUCUACAGUCUUCACCAUCACAGACCAGGUUCCAUUUACCAUAUCUCUGGCCCAAAUCAAUGAUGUAAAUCAGAACGACCAGAACUUCAUCCAGAACCAGGCUAUUGGCUUUACCGUCAACAUCCACGAUCCCAGCCAGUACCUUAACAACGCAGAGAUCAGCUUCACUUGGGACUUUGGUGACAACAGAGGAACUCUGAUCUCCAGGGAGCACACGGUCACACACACAUACAUUACAGCUGGGACCUUCAAGCCUCAGGUGGUUCUGAUGGCGAGCAUCCCCAAUAACUGUGGAAACCCCACUGCUGCCGCUCCUGUUGAUCCCUCUGCUGCCCCAGCAGUAGUUGUUAUGGCCUCCACCCAGGAAGCUGUCCCUGCUGUCCCAGUUGAAGGAGGAGAUACAAUUGCUGUUGAUGUUGUCGCCUCAGACGCCACUCCAGUGGCUGCUUCUGUGCAGCCCGCAGACGCAAACACAGACGAUGGAGAAGCGGCUGCUGAUGCCGACACAGAGGUCGUGGUAGUUGCCUCGGUGGCCCCUGCAGCAAUAGAUACAGCCGUUGUUGCCGCCAACACUGCUGCUCCUGCCACAGAGGUAGAGCAGGAGGCAGCUGAUGCAGAGGUGGUCCCUGCUGCCACCGUUGCACCAGGAGCCGAAGAGCCAGCAGAUGCUGAUACGGCUGCUGCAGAUGAUACUGCAGAGGUUACAGUUGCCACUGAAGAUGUAGCUGUGAUUGAUGCUGCUGCUGCUGCUGCCUCAGUUGCCCCUGUUGCAGAAGGAGAAGAAGUCGAGGUGGUUGACACCAUCACUGUUGCUCCCAUCACAGAUGGAGCUACAGAGGAAGAAGCUGCAGAUGGUGUUGAAGCUGUAGAGGCUACUGCUGCUGCAGAGGUUGCGCUAGCUGAAACACAAGCCCCUGCUGAUAAUGUUGUUGCGCCUGCUGCCACUGAGCCCACAGCUGUAGAAGAAGCUGUAGUUAAUGCAGAAGUGGAAGCAGUGGAAACUGAGAACGAAGUUGCAGCUACUGCAGCUGCUGCAGUUGAAGACGAGGCUGCGCCAGCCGAAGGUGAGGUUCAGAUUGAAAUGGAAGCAGAUCCAGCUCAGGUUGCCCUCGUUGUGGCUAAACGACAAGCACCAGAGCUGACAGCUGACUGUAUGGUCUACCGCUAUGGCUCCCUCGCCACAUCUGUCGAUGUUGUUCAGGGUAUCGAAAGUGUUGAGAUUGUACAGGUGGCCAACGUUGUGUCACUGGAGACGGCGUUGGAUCAGAAUGCUGUGGACGUCACUAUUUCCUGUCAGGGAAGUCUGCCAAGUGAAGUCUGCACUGUUAUCUCUGAUGCUGACUGUAUCACGCCGGUGCAAACCAUCUGUAAUGCAGCCUCACCCUCUCCAGACUGUCAGAUGAUCCUUCGUCAGUUCUUCAAUGACUCUGGAGUAUUCUGCCUUAAUGUCUCUCUGACUAAUGAUGUCAGUCUUGCCAUGGCAAGUGCAAGAGUCAGUGUGUCAGUAGCCUCCGGUGGUUCACCAGCUGGAACUGCUGCUACGGUGCUCGGUGUUAUGGUUCUCGCCUGUGUCGUCUGCUGUAUUGGUUUGAUGUACAGGCGUUUCAAGCAGUACCAGCCGCUAAGAGAAGACCGUGCUAAUAAUGGAGGCAUCUCUGCAGUAACAUCAGUGCCUUUGCUCUUGUGGAACUUGCUGAGUAGACAGUCACCAGGAGAGAGCCGUCCACUGCUUCAGGGAAGGAUUGUGUGAAUACUGUCGUUAAUAAAUGCACUCAACAUCAACAAUAUCUGCUAACAUAUCGCCUAUAAACAGAAUAUUGUCUGUACUGUCUCUGACACUGUAACUUUCUGCCAUUAAACCAGAACCAAUGAGCCCCAUGUACAAGAUAUGUAGGAAUCAGGAGUCACUGUGGAAGUGUAAAAGUGUGUUUAAGGUGUUCAAGCAUUUGUAGUGGAAAUUGAUAUUUAUUUUGACCCAUAAUAUUUGUAUUAAUUGGACCUGAUAGUUUAGAGAAGUCCUAACAUAUUCUCUUAUUUGUGGCCUACAUAUACUGAACCUAUUGGAAAAUCAAUACUAGCACAUUUCCAUUCAAUGUCUUUACAAUAUAAAUGAGAGAAAAUGUAUAACUGAACAUCAUUUGAUACCCUGAAAUUAAUAAAAUGGAACUUUAUCACCA